CGGCAGGCGGGACCAGGUCGUCGCGCGAGCCUCCGCGUCGUCUCCCGCGCGUCCACGCGUCGCGCGCGACGCGUCCACCCGUCGCCGCGCCCGCGAACCCGCGCGGCUCGAACCCGCGGACCGCUCGCCUUCGCGGUCGGGCGCGCCGAGCUAGCUAGCCGCUCGUAGAAAAAGAGGAAGGGAGGAAGCGCGAGGAGCGCGCGUCCGAGGGGGAUGGAGCAGCAAGCGCAGCCCGCGCCAUCCCCUGCGCCCUCCCCCGCGCCGCCCGCCGCGGAGGCGCCGCCGCCGCAGUGGCGCCCGACCGCGGAGGACGCCGCGAAGCUCACGCCGACGCAGCUGGACACGCUCCGGCAUCAGAUCGCGGCGUUCUCGCACGUCUGCAACCAGGCGAUCAUCUUAGCGCAGCAAAAAGUCGAGGAAGGGAAGUCGUUCAACGCGCCGGGGAACUCGCUCCCCGGGCGAGGCGCGGGCGUCAUGCACGCGCUGAGCUCGAGCAUGGGCAUCUCAGCAUCGGGCGCGGGCGCGCAGCCGAGCUACCCGGCGCCGGUGUACAACAAAAAUCCAGACGGCCCGCGGGGGCCGUCCGCGCCGCGGUGGAACCCCACGCCCGCGCAGCUCGCGCGUCUCGAGGAGCUGUUCCUCACCGGCAUGGGCACGCCGAACGGGGAGCUUCGGACACAGAUCACGGAGGAACUCGCGAAGUUAGGGCCGAUCAACGAGGCGAACGUGUACAACUGGUUCCAGAACAAAAAGGCGAGGAUGAAAAAGGCUGAGCGGGAGAGAGAAGCCGCGCUCGCCGCGGGGCGACCGCCGCCGGUGUAGCGCGCGCGCGGAGAGUUCUAAUAAUCGACGUCCCUCGACGUUUAUUAACACCAUACUAACAGUCGUACUGU